CAUUUCAUCUCCGGGCUUCAUGGCUGCAGGAUGGACUCUCAUCAGCAUCAGCAGCUUAUUUUCUUCCUGUUGCCACCGGGGACUGUUCAGCGACCAUCAAGUCUGGCGGGAACCGAGGCUUUUCUACGAUGCGCAGCUUCCACCUGCCGAAAUGUCCAGCUGUGAGGGCUCCUAGCGUCCCUCUCUAGAGACACCAGUGGAGAGGUUGGAGGUCCCUUGCACAUCAAUGUCUCUCACUCCGAGUCGAAAGUCCUCCUCAGGUCAGCGCAGGCGCUCAGUGGGCACUGGUGGCGGCAGCGGGCGAUAUUCCCACAGUGACACAUCCAGUACCCACACCUACCCGGGUCGGGUUAGGGCACCAGAGGGCAGCCCGACAGCUCGGACGUAUCCUAGUACACCCAGGCGUCAGGCAAAGCAGACAGCCUGCAGCGACAACCAUGGGAUCAGGCCUCCAACCCCGGAGCAGUACCUUACACCUCUGCAACAGAAGGAGGUGUGUAUACGACACCUGCGAGCCAGACUGAGGGACAAUGUGGAAAGACUACAACACAGAGACUGUGAAAUAGAUGAGUUGAGGACCCAACUGUUCAGGAUGCAGGAAGACUGGAUAGAGGAGGAAUGUCAUCGUGUGGAGGCCCAGCUAGCCCUGAAAGAGGCCCGCAAAGAGAUCCAGCACCUUCAUGAAGUGGUUGAGUCAGUGAGGUCCAACCUGAGUGUCCGUGAACAAGACCCCCAUGACCACAAGCUAUACUCAGGGUUGCAGGGAGCUCGGCCAGGAGGGAAGUCUCGCUCCUGUGGUUGUUCCCCAGCCAGCACUUUGAGCCGCAGCACCACCUACACCCGACUGAGCAGCGAGGCUCUGCAGCUGGAGCGCAGCUCCAAUGCUCCUGAGUCAAGCAGAGCAUCUCGCCCAGCAGGACAAACCCACCUGCUCCUGGAGGCAGCCCUCCUAUCAGAGCAGCUGCCACCACAGGGCCACGUCCGAGGCCCCCCAACUGUGCCGCGAUCUUCCACCUAUGAAAGGUUGUGCAGUGGGGGGGCAGUGUUGCCAAUCUCACACUCCUGCCACACACUCAGUAGCAGCUGCAAGUGCAGUGGCCACUCCUACCUCCCCCAUCAUCACUUGUUCCUGCAUUUACCUCAGGAGGAGGCCCCGCUAACAGCGGCAACUCCUGCUGUCCCUGCCACUGAUCCUAUCCCUAUUCCUGUUCCUGCAUCAGAGAAAAAGCCAGAGGUGCGCUCCCAGGCCUGCAGCCCGACCAUGACCUGGCUAUGUGAGGAAAGCGGUGCCGAAGAGCUAAGUGUCAUUUCUUUACCCGCAGCAGACAUCACCCCCUCAGAACCACAUCUGUUUCCAUCGUUUUUACCUCAUGUGUCCCCUCCGGAGCAUUCAUACAAUGUAGAGCCGCUACCACCCGACAAACCAGAGGAGGUAACAAAGAUGCCAGCAGAGCCCCACACCUGCCAGCCCCACCCUACAGCUCCACUUCCAGUGAGGCAGGACGCUACAGUACUGGAGAUAGAAGAGGACAAUGUGGAUGAAACUGAAGGUACAACUGAAGACGGGUAUCCACCUCAGCUCUGCCACUGGAGCCGCUACUUUCUUGUAGAUCUGUUGGCUUUGGCGAUGCCAGUGGUCCCAACCAUGGCGUGGCUGUGUCGAGGGGCGCCACAGGAAGUCUUGCCGGUGUAUCACAUUGGCUCCCUGCUGAGAGGUUGCUGUGCUGUGGCCCUCCACUCACUUCGCCGCCGGGGUGCAGGCAGGGGACGCAGGCCUACCAGCAUGAAUGGAACAACACCAAUCUGAGACUUUCUGCUCCCUCUGACAUUAACAAGACAACUCCCAACCUCCCAAUGCUAACUUUGCUUCAUUACAUUUUUGUCAUUGUCAUGUGUUGGAUAUCUCUUCCUAUAAGAUUUUUAGAUUUUACAUAAUGCCCUUGUGAUUGUGUGGUCAUGCCUUGCCUUAGAGAACAAUUAGUUGUACAUUAUUAAAUACUUUCAUUACUAAAAUAUACUUACUGCUUCUGCCUGCAGUUUAAGUGGUUUUCUCUUUAUUGGGAUUUGCAUGUAGCCCACAAUUGGUUGGGUUCUCUUGCUUGAAUUAAAAAGCCCCUAUCUGGAUUUAGAUGAGCCAUCUUCUGGGCAAAGAUAUUCAUUGUUUUAUGAAAAGAAGUAGAAGAGUCUUGUCUGAAGUUGAAUGCUCCUCUAUUUCCAUCACCACAUUUUUAAAAAUGGUUAAUAGGGAAUGGGAGAGUCACAGUCAUGAAAUUUCUUUGGCAUCAACGUCCCACAAAAUCGGGUAGGCCGGAAAAAAAGUGGAAGGCAUUCGUUUUUGUACUUCAGUCAUUUCCACCCAUAAAAAUACUGAAUAUGGGUUAAAGGUGUCGGAACUUUUAUCUUCUGAAAAAGUAUUGCAUGUGCAUCGAAUCUAGUAUCAGGUGCAGAACAGACAGAUCAUUGAGCUUUUGCCAAUAAACAAAACAUGGGAGUUUAAAACUGUACAGACUAUAUUUCUUUAAUCCUGUUGGGACAUUUACACUAAACAUCAACACUUUUUCCUUGCUUAAAAACAGUUACAAUGUAUCAAUGACCUGAAAAUAAAGAAAAAAAUCUGCAGUUUACAUCCUAAAUGUACAUAAUGGAGAUAAUGCCAAACUCUAAAUCAUGUUGAAAGAAAAACAAGGCACUGUGCAUAUCACUGUUCAGCAGGACAGCAUUUAUUGCAGUUUGGUUCUCAAAAUAAGGCCUUGAGGUGGGUGUGUGAGCAGGGCAUUAAUAUGCACCUGACGGAUCUGGUCGUGUAUCUACAGUUACAUAUUUUUAUAAAGGUUAGAGGAGAUAAGAGGAAAAAUCUCUCCAAGGUUUAACAUAGAGUAGACUGUGAUCCUCACAGCUGAAUGAAUGAAGGCCUUGGAUGAGCAGUUUUGUUUACUGAAUUUGUGAAGAGAUAACUGUGUUUGAUACAGUGAUAUAUUUUCGAAUUUUACAUGAAACAAAAGAUCUUUGCACAGCUGCAAGUAAAGAUUAACACUUGAAAAGUUAUUCUUUGCGUCAGUGUAGGUUGCUUUCAUAGCACUGUAUUGCAGUUUAUAAUAAUGAUGUACAGUAUGCAUCACAGUUGUGAAUGCUCAUCUUACAAGUGGCUCUUUUGUGUGUAUCGACUGAAAUGGCUCAAUUGAACUUACAAACUUAUGAUGUACAGUAUGUGUGGUUACCGAUGUCAGCCUUAUUAUGCAAAAAAGAGCAAUGUUUUAGCUUUCAGGGAUCUUUCCAAUAAGGUUUCACUGGUUGUUUAAUCAGUAAUUCAGCUUAAGGCAGGGGAAUAGCUGUUAGUGCAAAUUCAAACUUCAAUGGAAAAUAAAGUGUAUUUUAUCUGUGGUUGGAGCAGCGCAUAUUGUAGUGUUUGAACUUCUCACUAUUUCCUUAGUUUCAAUUUCUUAGACUUUGGUUCCAAAGCAGUUACAUUCCCUUCAUGUUCGAAAUUGCUCAAUGUGUCACUUAUCCUUCUCCAUGUACUUGGCCUGGACUCAAAAUACAUGAAACUACACCUUCCAUCAGCCUGUACUGUACAUGCAAAGGCAAUGAUAUAGUGAUUAACUGUACUAGAAUUGCACUUGAAACACUGGAAUAUUGCAAAAUACCUUGAAUGUUUCCUCUCUUCUUGGAAAAUAAAAAAAUGCUUCUGUUUGCAUUCAUUA